AAUUAAAUAAUAAUUUAUAUAUUAGCUCAUCUAGAUUAUUAGUUACAAAUAAACCUUCAAGUCCUAGUACUAAUCAAAUUAAUUAUUCUUUGCUCAGAAUAUAUGAAGAUUCAGAUGAUGAAAAUAGUUAUGUUAAUGUUUUGCCAGUUUUGUCUAGAUUAGCAAUAAAAUAUUUAGCAAUUCUUGCUAUAUCCAUACCAAGUGAAAAGCUGUUUUCUGAUGCUAGUUUCUAUUUAUCUGCUCAUC